UGUGUGUGUCUGUGUUCUUUGUUGCCUCCUGUCCAGUCACAAAAGGCACAAUGUUAUUACCACGAUGAUUUAAUUAAAUUAUUGCCCACAGUGAUCCAAAUCAGUGAGCCCUCUGCUAUACAUUAGUCCUAAAUUGUGUACGUUCCACUAGUCUCUUAAAUGAAUUUGUGGAAAGCUAUGUAUCACCACCUACUACCCUGUUUACAUCAACUGUUUUCACAUUUUUAGUAAAAAGAACAGUCAUGAGUGAGUCUGCUUUUGGUCCAUAAAUCCGUGCUCACAGUUUAGAGAUUGUGGCUUCACAAACACACACACACACACACACACACAUACACACACUGACUCUAAGCCUGUCACACUCUCUAACUGGCUGCUUUCCCUCCUCAUGUCUCACUGUUUUGAUGACGCGGCUGACUGAUGAUGCUUUUUCGUUGCUAUCUAAUACAAUGACUUAAUUUUGAUUAAGGGCUAUUUAUUUCACCCGUAAUAUUCAUAAUUCAUAUUAUAUUCAGCUGUAAUGUGCCUGCUGUAUUUCAGUACAGUUUAUUACAUGCUGUAUUAUUUUAUGGUAUUUUCAUGUUACUUUGUUUUAGAUGUGAAUGUCUUGUGCUAACAUUAUCUAUACAUAUGUGCAUCCAUGUAGAUUUUAAUAUAUGUAUUUGUAUUAUAUACAUUAUAUACAAUGCUGCCUUGCUGCUCAAGCUAACCUGGGCAUAAGUCCUGAGCCUGUCAGAGGCCUCACGAGACAUAUUAUUUUAUCAUUAUAUUAUAUCAUAUCUCCAUGGAUAAUAUUGGGGCAGGGAAGUCACAGAGGUUUCCUGUACAUAGCUAUGGUUUGUGCACUGUAGUGUAGAACAAAAUACUGUAUAUUCAUCGGGUACGUGUAGCAUCAGACCCCUCUGCUGCUGUGGAGGAGGAUGGAAGACUGUGUGCUGAGGAAGAGGGAGGAGAAGUAGAGGAAGCAGCAAAAAUGGUGCCAAAAAGUGAUCAUCCGUCAACAAUUGAUUGAUGUCUCUUUUCAGGAUAUUUAAACAGGUAAAAAGGUCUGAAUUGGUUUUUGGUAAAACAAUGCAGAGUCAUGAGCAUAACUGCCAAAGGUCUCAUUUCUUUAUUAUAUGUAGCCCAAACCUCAUCUAUAAAUCAAAGUAAUUAUGGUUGAGUUUCCAAAUAAACAAGGAUAUACCAAAUAAAUAUAAACACUGGAAACAAUACUAUAGUAUUACCUUUCUCCUGAUCAUGUAAAGGGCAAACUUGGUUACGCUAUAAGGUGCAAACCCUUCUUGGGUCACCCGUGUUGUUAUUCAGUUCCACGAACAUACCUUUGUUACUAUCAGAGACACAAAUGUCUGUGUAUUUGCACGUUAUAAAUGUUUGAUCUGGAUAAAAGUGGCUGUAGAUGUAUACUGCUCGAUACAGUCAGUUUUUGUAGGACGAUCCCUUUCUGGAUCACUGUGUCCAGAGGUGGAGGGAAGAGAAGAAGUGCUGCCAACAGCUGGAAGAGAAGCGCUGCUAGGAGACGUGUAGACAUGGGUGGCUGUUAACUGCUGAUGUGGGAGUGAGAAGCUUCAAAAGAAUCUCCAGCCUCUUGGCUUACGCGAUCCAUGAGUUCCCCAGGGAUUACUUCACGAACCAGGAACGCAUGGAAGGAGCUGUGGGCCUUCAUGUCCUCUGUGCAGUCUACAUGUUCUAUGCCCUGGCACUGGUGUGUGAUGACUACUUUGUCCCCUCACUAGAGAAGAUAUGUGAGCGUCUUCAUCUGAGUGAAGAUGUUGCAGGAGCAACCUUUAUGGCAGCAGGCAGUUCAGCUCCUGAGCUGUUCACCUCCGUCAUUGGAGUUUUCGUCACUAAAGGCGAUGUCGGGGUCGGCACCAUAGUGGGCUCAGCUGUCUUCAACAUCCUCUGCAUUAUUGGAGCGUGUGGGAUAUUUGCUGUACAGGCAAUACGUCUCACCUGCUGGCCUCUGCUUAGAGACUCUGUUUACUACACCUUGUCUAUCUCUGCUCUCAUAGUGUUCAUAUAUGAUGAAAAAGUGGUUUGGUGGGAGGCUCUCACUUUGAUUCUGAUGUAUUUUGUCUACAUUUUGAUCAUGAAGUUGAAUUCCCAUGUUGUUCGUUUCCUGGAGAGGCGGAAGAAGAACUCAUCCGCUUUGCGGAAUGGAGCGGCCAAUAACGCUGAACUAGACGAUGGCUGCGAUGCUACAGCUGUUCUACUGAAGAAAGCAAACCACCACAGGAAGCCAUCAGUACUGAUGGUGGAUGAACUGCUGUCAGCAUACCCCCACCAGCUGUCCUUCUCUGAAGCCGGCAUGAGAAUCAUGAUCACCAGCCACUUCUCCCCCAGAACUCGCCUCACCAUGGCCUCACGAAUGCUCAUCACCGAGAGGCAGCGUCUAAUCAACACACGGACUUUGACCAAUGGCGACUCCGACGUUCCAGUGAAGGGCGGGAGUAGGCGAGGCAUAGAAAACGGCCUGUCCGGCGCUGAGAGGGGUGUCAGCGUUCGCCAUGAUGACAGAGAGGAUGGCAACGAGACAGAGAACGAGGAUAAUGAGAACAAUGAGAAUGACGAAGAGGAAGAAGAAGAGGAUGGAGAGGGACCCUUUGUACCCUUCCAGUGCCCAGCUGGUGUGUGUAAUAAGCUGAAGUGGCUGCUGGCCUGGCCUCUUUGCCUCCUGCUGUACUACACUGUCCCCAACUGCUCCACACCUCGCUGGGACAACUGGUUCAUGCUGUCCUUCAUUUCUUCCACCCUGUGGAUCGCCUUCUUCUCCUACAUCAUGGUCUGGAUGGUAACAGUGAUAGGUUUCACACUCGGCAUCCCAGAUGUCAUCAUGGGCAUCACAUUCCUGGCAGCCGGCACCAGCGUCCCAGACUGCAUGGCCAGCCUAAUAGUGGCACGGCAAGGAAUGGGAGACAUGGCAGUGUCCAACUCCAUCGGCAGUAAUGUGUUUGACAUCUUGGUGGGGCUUGGUCUCCCCUGGGCCCUGAAGACCCUGGCUAUCAACUAUGGCUCUGAUAUCAAACUAAACAGCAAAGGACUCAUCUUCUCUGUGGGACUCCUGCUGGCGUCUGUCUUUCUGACUGUCUUGGGAGUUCACCUGAACAAGUGGACAUUGGACAAACGUCUGGGUCUCACAUGUCUUUUCCUUUACUCCGUCUUCCUGUGUUUUUCCUGUCUCAUCGAGUACAACAUCUUCACUUUUGUCAACCUGCCAACCUGCCGGGAUGACUGAGACACACACACACCACACAUUGAUGUACAUAUUCACACACACACAUAGACUCACACUAGAAGUGGUGUUUGCAAGGAAUUCCAAGUGAGGUACUAAAGGGUUGGUGUUGUCUGACAAUAAAAUGAGAAUCUGAAAGUAUAAUUCCAAAUUUAAGGCGACAAAAGAAGCAAGAAUUAUUUGCAAAUACCUUUUGAGACUGUCUGCUUCACACACUGUGAGAAGACAUCCCACACUUCUGUUUAUAUUUGGUGGCCGUCUUUCUGCUCAGUGCAAUGUGGAGCUGCUCUGGUGCUUACAUCCAGAGUAUAGGAAUGAUUUCAAGAGCAGAGAUGGGAAUGACUGAUUUGUUAGAAGCCCUCACACAGGACAAUACAGAGGAGAAUAACAACGACAAAAAAUAAAGAAACUCCGACUAUGAUUUGAAAGUCCCAUAUUUAGGUGUGAAGGUUGUAACUUUACUAGCUGCUAUCCUUUCCUGAGAGGAAAGGUCUAGUCUAGUCUGGUCUAGAUCUACUAGUUCAGAGUAAUAAUGAUAAAAGCAAUGAUGUAAAUGAGUGGAGGGUAUAGUUUAGUGCUGUGGUGCAGAUAAUAACGGUUUGUUUAAAUAGCGUUAGGAGAGAGUUGAAGUCUUCAGGUAAAGAACAGAAUUUCAGAUUUUCCAUUUUAUUGCAACUGUGUUUUCCAGUUAUGUUGGUUCAGAACAUUUUUCAGACAUACAGCUACAUUUUCAGAUAAGAGCUACAUCCCCCACCCCCCAACACACAUGCACACACAGAACCAGGGCAUUAUCCAGUCACCAUUUUUAUAAAUUUACUUCAAUAGCAUCACAGCUGUAGCUUGUGUGUUUUGUACUGGAGAUGAAGUAGCUUUAUGUUAGCUUUAUGAAGAGCCCUUCUGUAAAUAGCACACCUCUGUAAAUACCCCCCAGAUGUUAUAUUUAUUAUUUAUUCAUGUCAUACGCACAUUUCUCCUCUGGAGGUCACAAAACAGCUGGGCAGGUUUUAUUUAUGCACCCAGGGUUGCUGAAAUCCACACCUAAGAUCUUUUCUGAUGACCACUCGUGUACAAACAAGCACAAUUUCCUCUGAGGGAUGAUUUCAUUAAUGACUUGAUUCAGUUAUGCGACGUGUGUGGAUGUUAAAAACAGAAUUCAAACUUGCACUGAAGAGCUUAAACUUCACAGGGGGGCUGUAACUGUUCCUCCUCCUAAUGCAUGCUGAUUAUAAGGAUGGCAUCCUUGUAAAAUGAAGCGGGUUUGCAUGAAAUUAUUGUAUCAAGGUUUUAAGAAGCAAAUGUUUUGGGGGUGCUGUUUUCAAAACAGUGGUGGCAUUACUUAAACAGCCAAGCUAGUUGGAUGUAGUAUUUCAUCUGUGAUGGAUGGAUGUCCUGCUUCACUCCCCCCUGUGGUCCCAAAGGGGAGCUGAGGUAUUUAAGUGGUAGUAUCUUAGGAGUAAAGAUGCAAUAUAAAGCAUCACGACUUUUAUCUCAGCUGUAAUACUUUAAGGUUGGGGAAUCAACUUUAUUUUUAUCUUCAGAGUUCUUUGUAUUUUAUAAUGCCUAAUGUCUAGAUUUGUCCAUAUAUAGUAGGUUUGUGGUACAUAAAUAUUCCUACUAGUUUUUAGAGCAUGUGCAAUGUGGAUCGUGAACCCUGCAGGGGAUUUUUUUUUAUUUCUCUAUGGAGGCAAGGCACGCCAGCGAAGUCACACUAUUCCACAAAGACUUUCAUCACUGCAGAAGUGAACACUCAUCUGUCAGUUUUUCUUCCUGAUAGGUGCCCCCCCCACCAUUUUUUUCCCUUAUUGAGUCGAGACUUGUUUCAGGUGAUUUUUAAUUUAUUGACAUAAUAUUAAUAUCAAACUUGGGAAAUAUUAUAUUUCAAUUGUGAAAAAUUAAAUAAUAUUAUUUUUUGCUUACAUACAUCAUAUAUAUAUACACACAUCAUAUAUAUUUAUUUCUUUCUGAAACAAGAGGCAGAGUACUCUGUGCUAUGACCGGGAAACAGGGUAAAUGUGUUUUGAAUCCUAUGUAAUGCAAUAACUUUGAGCUUACAGAUAUGUAAAUAUGCCGCUUUAAUGAACAAAGACAAAUUUUUAAUAGUUUAAAAAGAUGUAUUGAAAUUGUAAAUGCCGUCUUUCAACAUGUGACGCUGCAUUAGCUUGUCAUUGUUUAUAAAAUUAUUUAUCACUGACUAUACAAACAAUUAAAACAGGACUGUUAUUAACAUACAUUAUCAUGGCCUGUUCUGCUACACAGCACACUCGGAUUACUAGUGAGCUGAAUCGUUCAAAUCAUUAUCAGAUACUGUGCUCUCUGGUUAUAGUGUCUGCCUGAAGGAAGACCUUGAUAUUUAGAAUCUGAGGUAAUAAUUGUCUCUGUCAUAUCAGAGUAGAAAUGUUACUCACCUCAAUGAUCAGUGCUUUUAGCUUUUAAAUUUAUUUUAUAGGUUCCAUCACUUCCAAAUACAGCUACUUUAAAUGGUUCUCUGAAAGAACUCUGUAAUGUGAUGCCAGUUCUACGGAUCAAAGAUUCUGAGUCAGUAUAUAUGACUUAUUUUGACUUCAUAAGCAGAUGUUCAUUUCCAAAGGAAUCUAUGGAAGCCAGUUUCUACCAGAAAAAAAGUAAACAUAAGUCAAAAUUUUGUGAAUGCAAGUCAGAAUUUUUACAUUUGAGUUAGAAUUUUGAGAUGCCAAGUCAAAGUUAUGAGAAGGGUUUUGUUGUUUUGUUUUUAUUUUUUUGUUUUGGGGUGUUUGGAUUGUAUCUUAUCGAUUAGCCUUACUGAGAGGUGUAAAUUUGCACAAUUUUUAUGUGACUUUGAUUAAAUUAUAUUUAAUUUUCAGAGUCAUACUUUUGACUUGAAUGUGUCAUAAUUUUGAGUUAUUUUUGCAAUCUAGAAUUAUCGUAAGUUAUUUUAAAUUUGUCAACUAACUUUUCUUUCUUUUCGUGGAAGAAAUUGGCUUCCAUAAAUUUAUUCAAAGAGCUGCUAAUAUUUUAAUGGAAAACCUAACAGAGAUCCAUGAAACCCAAACAAAUCUGUCUUCAUAAUUGGAAAUUUUAUUCAUUACACUAAUUUUGUGCUUGCCCAUAGAAACAGGUUUAAUUACAGUUUCUUUCUGUGAAGUUGUUAGGAAGUCAUGGACCAAUGAAAUAAAGUGUGAAUUAUUUGUAUCUCUCCCAAAUCCCAAAAUGCUGAUGACUGUUGGUACACAAUGUUUAGUUUUCAAAACAUCAGCAGUGAUGAAAAUUAAGACGUGAAUCUGGUAUGUGUAUUGUAACAUUCCUGGUUUGGACCAGUAUCUAUCAUGAGCCUUAAGCUCUCUAUUGAUUUUUUUGUAGGGUGACUAAGAUACAGACACUUACUCUUAUGCCAUUCAGUAUGCUGGCUUGAGAAGAAAAAUCACUCUCAUCUUUUAGUGGUUUGUAUUAUCAGUAUCAGGGCAUUUUUCCAGUUCAUCAUCUAUAUCAGAAAAUAUCUCUAUCAUGCACUUUACCAUUUAACAACUGAUUCUAACAACCGAUUCUACAGAUUAUUUGAUUCAGUAUAUUCUGUGCUGCUAUUCACUGCAUGAACACCUAAACAAAGGGUACCAUGUCUUUAAAACUAACCAAACUACCACAAAGACGCUCACAUUUUGAAAAAAUGCGUCUUGUAGAGGAGAUUUCUAAAUAAUUUGUGAUAUUCACAUGGGUGAUGCUGAUGUACAUACUGUAUGUAUAUAGAUAGGUGUAAAUGUAUUUAUAUAUUUUUUGUCUCAAUCUGUAUAUCUGUUGAAUAUAUUUUCAUAGAUCCUAGGUCUCCCUUGUACUUCCCUUUGUUUUGAUGUGUUGAGACCUCUUAAGCUAUUGUCCUUUGUUUACUCGCAUGGAGAUAAUUCAAUAUAAUAAAUUAUUUAUGGUAAAUUUUAAUGUCCUAUGGGAUGAGAGUCCAUUGAAGUUUAAGAUGGCACUGGAUUUUGUUUGAACUGGAUAUCCUAGAUGACUGCAUGCUUGUUGGUAGUAUAGGAUAUAAGAAAUGGAGAGUGAGAGUGUUUGCAGAUGAUACGUUUCUCUACGCAUCUAUGCUUUACCUCUUCCUAAACAUGAAACUUUUUAACAGAAUGGUUUACUUUGUGUUUAGAUGUUUCAAAUGUAAUUUAGGGAUCAUUUUGCUACCUGAGCAUUAAUAAAGUUGUCUUUGCUUAAGGUAACACAAGCUUUGUUGUAAAGU